CCUGUCACGCGGGUGACCCGGGUUCGAUCCCCGGCAACGGCGAAUUUGUUUUUUCGAAAGAAGUUAUCCUAUUCGAUUUAUUAUUUUUGUUUCAAAAAAUUAUCUAAGCUAGCAUGUGAGAGGGAACUUUAAAUUUCCACUCCCGCCAUUAAAAUCCUCUAUUCCUCCCGCUCUCGCAUCAAUCAAUCAGUACCGUACAGUCUUUCUACUAAGCAAAUUCGCAUUUGAUUUCUUAUUCUUUUAAAUGGCGAAAUCUAAACUAAAGGAAGAAGGAGAAGAUCGAGAGGAGGCGGAGAAAACAGGCGGUCUUGAAUUAGUUUCAAUCGGAUCUCUCUAUAGCGGUGGCGCCUGGGACAAGAAGUACUGGAGCUCUACUAGGGGUAAAGAUCGGUAUCCUUAUCCUGUUGGAUACCAAGCUCGUCGAGCUUACAAUGGGGGAGCUUAUAAGAUGGAAAUUCAUGAAGGUCCUAAAGGGCCUUUAUUUGCGAUCACUUCCACUGAUGGAUAUUCAUGUUCCGGUCAAACUCCUGAUAUUGUGUGGCAGAAAUUUCAGAAGAAUUGUUGCCCUCACACAAAGAUUUGGCAUGGAAAAAGAUUUUCAUGCAUGAUAGAUGGCAUAGAGUUUUUUGGGUUCAAAAAUCCAUUUGUCCAGAGGUUACUACGAGAACUGGUGACAAAUGUAAAUGGGAUUGCAGAACAGAGCCCACUAUCCCCCAGCUUCUCCAAUGGGUCCACUGGAACAGAGCUAAAUAACCGAUGCACAGAUGCAUGCACACAUCCCAAUCUACCACCCUACUUGGCAAGAUCUCAGGUUAAGGGAAAGAGAAGUAAGAGCCAAAAAAUUACGAAUCCUGAGUCAUUAAGUACUGCUAGCUUUAAAAGAUCCCGAGCUGAAGAUGUAAUGUAUAUUGCCGAGCCAUCUGAUUCAGCUUCCAAAACUCAUAAGCAAUGGAGGUCUACUUUAAGUUUUAACCAAGAGCAGGAGUCUUGUAAACUUCCAGUAACAUUGUCAACUGCAGUUUGCUUAAAACCUGUAGCUGGAGGAGAAACUGAUCACUCAUCAGCCAAGGAUGAUUUUCCCUUGAAGUCAGUUGACUUCUCUGAUCAUCUUACAGAAAAAGCUGCCCCUGGGCCUGAAGAAAGCAUGCUUGCUUGGUCUAAAAGUUCUAAAUCCACCACUGGAGUCGUCAACUUGUCUGUGGAAGAUAAAAUUCUUGAUAGGUCACUGGAUACUAAAGUGGAAGGGUCAAAUUUUACAAUGUCAGUGGAAGGCCAGGCUGAAGAUGCAACAGCUCCAAAAGACCAGCCAUGUGUACCCAAUGUUGAUCUUUGUGCACCUGAUACCUUAGAUUUUGAGCAAGAUAAUAUUACAAAUUCUGCUCAAGCUACCCAUGAUAUAAGUGCUUGCAGUGUCAGAGAAGAGUUACUGGUGACUGAGGCCAUCACUUCCCAAGGACUUAUAACUGAAUCGCACCCAGAAGAAGUAAUAGGCACACCCAACUCAAAUGGGAAUUCUGAAAGAAGUGAUUUUGAUUCAGCAGGUCAAGACAUAGCCAAGUCAAUGAUGACGUUUCUGCUUCCUCAAGCAAUACCUCUGCUCAAAAACAAGUCAAGAAAAAAGAAGACCAUUGGUUAUUCAGAGAUUUUGCCUAAUACACCAAAACCUCAUGAAAAUAAUGAUGAAAAUCUCCAAUUCGUGGAGGCUCAAUCUCCUUGUGUAUAUGGUUCAGUUCUCCCAGGUUCUGAGCAUGUGAAGUCUGUUGUUCUUGACAGUUUUGAUGGUGACCAAUGUGGGGUUCAUGUAACAAACCAGCCAAUAUCACCCUCCAAUACUGCUGAGGCUGAUCAACCUUGUUUUGAUACAGAUGCAUGUCCUCCCUGCAGAGUGGAUCAGUUUGUUAAUAUAGAUGGGACGGAGUCAUCAGUUUGUCAGUUUGACACUGAUGGGAUUAAAGACAUCUUUUGUCACAACCAAGUGCAAAGCAAAGUGCAAUUGGCUUUGGAUAAAAGGCAUCGGGAUGAUUAUCUAUACCCUUAUGAAUCUGUUUCUGGCAUCAAGUCUGCCAAUGAAAAUGUUUUGUAUGAAGAAAAUCAGGAUAUUUGCAAAAAAAUGGAUGAAAACUCAAUUGGUACCAAAUUCCUUCCUGGGGAAAAAGACCUCAACCUUGGAACAGAUUUCAAUGAUGUGGUUACUAAAAGUAAUAUGAGCCAAAGAGGUUUAGGCGCUUCUGUGCAAAUAUUAAGGAAUGACAUCAGUGUCAAGGCUGAGACUUCUGAAUCAGGCAAUUUGUCUACUGCUCAAGUGACAAAAAACGUAUAUACCAGAAAAAAGGUCUCAAAAGCAGCAUCUUCAACAAGAAAAUGUAAUGCUUCAUUCUCAGAAAGUAUUAUAUGUAGAAAUUUGAGAGAUGAUUCUAUCCCAGAAACUACAAGAACUUUACUUAACUCAGAGAUGUUCCAGAUGAGUUCUUCUGUGGACAAACCACAUAAAAAUGCUAUUUUUGGUUCUGAACCCAUGGUUGGAGACCAGCUCAACGGUAUGCAGAUAGACGAAACUACUAGUAAUCCCAACCCUUUAUCAGAGAGCAAGUUGCCUUUUGUAUCACAAACUCAAACAUUUUCCGGUGCUUCCAUGGGCAAAGAUGCUUCAAAUCUUUUUGCUGCAACGGUUUCAAAAAUAGAAGAACCGCAUGCUUAUUCUGAAGGCAGGCUGGUUGUGAGCCAGAAUACCUCCGAUACAAAUGGACCACCAGUAUUAUCUGCGGAGCUAGGAACAGCAUUCUCUUGCUAUAACACAUCCAGUGUCAAGGAAGUUCAGACUAACUCAGACCUAAAACUACAUAGGAACUUGAAGCACAACAAUGAACUAGAGGGUAACUUUGAGCUUGUGGGGUGCUAUCUUCACCCCAUGCCUGUUUUGUCACUGUUGGUGGUUACAAAAGGAGAUGAAAUCAAUGUUUGUGCUCUGUGUGGUCAUUUGGUAGAUAAAAACAGAACCCUGUUUCUGUACAAGCUAGCAAUUGAAGAAACAAGAACAGGGAACCCUUCUUUUGUUGGCCACACAUCAGUAACGUUUCCAUUUUCAACAGAUAUCUUUGGUAGAGAAACUGCACUUGAACGAUCUGGCCUGCAACUAACCCCAGAUGGGCAGAAUCUUGUUUUACUUGGCAGCAUGAAAACACCUUAUUGCAGGGAAGGAAGAACAGAUUGUUUGUGCUCAACUUGUUCAUUAAACUGCUCUGAGCAAAGUACAGUGAAAAUUGUGCAAGUAAAAACUGGAUAUGUUUCAGUCCUGGUAAAAUUGAGUACAUUUGACAGCAUGCAGUGUAUAUUGGUCUGUGAACCUAACCAUCUAAUUGCUGCUGGAGAGAGUGGGAGACUACAUCUCUGGACCAUGAAUUCAGCUUGGAGUGCACCAACAGAAGAAUUUAUCAUUUCAGCUAACGAUUGCAUAUCCCCUUGCAUAGUGGAGUUGAAGAGGGUUCCGAACUGUGCUUCUGUAGUUGUUGGGAAUAACGGCUUCGGGGAAUUUACUGUCUGGGAUGUCUCAAGGCGCAUGUUCAUGGCAAGGGUCUCUUCUCCAAGUGCUUCAGCAUGUCAAUUCUUUCCAAUCAGUUCGUUUACUUGGCAAAGAGUAGUCCAUGGUUUCCAUUAUUCUACUGUGGAGGAGCAAAUCGAUGGAAUCGUAGAUGCAACAAAAUUAUGGUUUUCAGAGAACAGUGAGUAUUAUUCCUUACCUCCAUUGGAUGGAGAAGAUAUUGCCAUCUGGCUUCUUGUCUCAACCAUUCCUGAGUUGGAUACUCAAGAAGACUAUAUAUCAAGUGAUUGCGGUAUAAAUCCAGUUGGGUGGUGGAGGCUAGCUCUACUGGUGAAAAAUAUGUUGAUCCUCGGAAAAGCAUUGGAUCCAAGGGCUGCUGCUAUUGGUUCGUCAUCUGGCAAUGGAAUCAUUGGCACAUUUGAUGGACUUGUUUAUAUGUGGGAAUUUACAACAGGGACUAGACUUGGCACUCUGCACCAUUUUGAAGGUGAAAGUGUUUCCUGUAUUGCUACUGACAAUUCGAAGCCAGGAGUCAUUUCAGUAGCAGGCGACAAAGGCCAAUUACUGGUCUAUCGACGGUCUUGCAAAUGAAUGAGAUAGGGUAACAUGUUAUAUUUUCUUCAAAUUUCUGUCACAGUUCGUCGAGUGCCCUGGGCAGAGAAUUGAGCUUAACAACUGAUUCUCUUCGAGUUAUGAUCUGAAUCAGUACAAGGUUGACUUUCCAUUGCUCACAAAUAUAAAGAUUUGAGAUUCCCUUGUUGCGC